UAACCUCUGACCUCAUGUAGACGGUUCCCCCCGUUUCCCGUCUCCUGUCAAGAAGAGACAUUUUCGAGCCGCCUGGAGCCACUCGACAUGGGUGAUGAGGACAGCAACUCCAGCCUCGAGGCUGGAUUCCCAGUGGGCAUAGAUUUACGAACACGAGUUCUUCAGUUCGUAGAAGACAGAAUGCAAACUACUAUGCUAACUGGAAUAAUAAUUGGAGCUGCAGUGGCAUUGCCCCUUAUAGGGAUUUUUGUGUUUGUCGUUUACAGAAAGGUGAAGCAAUCUAGACAACCUCAGCCACAAGUGCCUCAGUACAGAUUUCGCAAGAGAGACAAAGUAAUGUUUUAUGGGCGGAAGAUCAUGAGAAAGGUGACAACUCUCCCAAACUCUCUGGUUGGGAACAUGGUGCCUCGUCAAAGGAUGCGGAAAAGAGCAAAGGUUUUGUCUUUGGCUAAGAGGAUUUUGCGUUUUAAGAAGGAGUCUCCAACUCUGCAACCAAAGGAGCCGCCUCCUUCCCUGCUGGAAGCAGAUCUAACUGAAUUUGAUGUGAAGAAUUCCCACUUGCCAUCAGAAGUUCUGUACAUGCUUAAAAAUGUCAGGGUUCUUGGCCAUUUUGAGAAGCCUCUCUUCCUGGAGCUGUGCAAGCACAUGUUUUUUGUGCAACUGCAUGAAGGCGAAUACAUCUUCCGUCCCGGGCAGCUGGAUAACAGCAUCUACGUCGUGCAGGAUGGCAAGCUAGAAGUUUGCAUUCAAGAAAGUGAUGGCACUGAAGUAGUCGUUAAAGAAGUGCUGGCAGGGGAUAGUGUUCACAGCCUCCUCAGCAUUCUUGAUGUUAUCACAGGUCACCCUGCUCCAUAUAAAACCGUUUCAGCCCGAGCAGGAACACCAUCCACUAUAUUGCGACUUCCAGCCAGUGUUUUUCAGGAUGUUUUCCAGAAGUACCCUGAAACUCUUGUCAGAAUGGUACAGAUCAUCAUGGUGAGGCUCCAAAGAGUGACAUUCUUGGCUUUGCACAACUAUCUUGGCCUGACCACCGAGCUCUUCAAUUCCGAGAGCCAGGCCAUCCCAUUGAUAUCUGUGGCAAGUGUAACAUCUGGAGGAAGUUCAUACAAAGAGGUGAAAAGACAACUGUCUAAUGUAUCGGAGGAGGAACGGGGAGAAAAGUUGGAGAAAGCAGGGGAUACCUCCGAAACAGACACAGUGAAGACUUCAGAUACAGAGAAUUCUGAGAACCUUCUCAAAAGAAGAGUUUCUUUGACAUCCUCUUCUGGAUCAGCAGAGGCUCUUGGUAGCUCCAGUGGCACUAAAUCAGACUUGGAUAUGGCGUACGAGAGAGCCAGGGUGCAUUUCACAGCAGAUGAAGCUCCGACCAGUCCUGUUGUGAGCAAGUCUAUAUUGAAGAAGACUGUGACCGUGACAGAAACUCCCUCUGCGGUUUUCCAUUACAUAGAGGGUGACUUAGCUGUGCCAGAUUCCUGUGCCGGCAAACAAGUUGAUGCCAUCUUCGAAGCUGCUAAGAAAGACCUUUUAACAUUGAUGAAACUCGAUGACCCCUUGUUGCUGAAGGGUAAAGUAACACUGCAUCAAGUUACGGCUGGGACUGUGGUAUCAAGGCAGGGAGACCAGGAUGUCAACAUCCGGUUUGUGAUCUCAGGUUUGCUUCAUGUGUACCAGUGGAAGAUAGACUCUGAGGAGGAGACCUGUCUAUUCAUCACCCAUCCGGGGGAAAUAGUAGGCCAACUAGCUGUCCUUACUGGGGAACCUCUCAUUUUCACCAUCAAGGCCAAUCGAGACUGCACGUUCCUGUCCAUUUCCAAAUCCCAUUUCUAUGAGAUAAUGCGGGUGCAGCCAAGUGUAGUGCUGGGUGUGGCCCACAGUGUUGUAAAGAGGAUGUCCUCAUUUGUGAGGCAGAUUGACUUUGCCUUGGACUGGAUGGAAGUGGAGGCUGGACGAGCUGUUUACAGGCAGGGUGACAAGUCAGACUGCACAUACAUUGUGCUGAAUGGUCGACUUCGUUCUGUCAUUAGGAUGGAUGAUGGGAAAAAACAACUGACUGGUGAAUAUGGGCGAGGAGACCUAAUUGGGGUGGUGGAGGCAUUAACCCAUCAGCCUAGAGCCACAACAGUACAUGCAGUCCGAGAUUCUGAACUGGCCAAGCUACCAGAGGGAGCACUGACAUCUAUCAAACGCAAAUUCCCACAGGUUGUGACUAGACUGAUCCAUUUGCUGGGUGAGAAGAUUCUUGGCAGCCUUCAGCAGGGGGGUCAUCCUCUUGGAUUGCAUACCACUGGCAGCAAGUGGGAUGCUGGAAACCCUGCCAGCAACCUCUCUACCGUAGCAAUCAUGCCAGUGUCUGAAGAGGUACCACUUACUGCCUUUACUUUGGAGCUCAAACAUGCUCUCAGCGCUAUUGGUCCUGCUUUGCUGCUCACCAGUGAUAAUAUCAAACAGCGGCUUGGUUCUGCUGCACUGGACAGUAUCCAUGAGUACAGGCUAUCUAGCUGGCUGGGGCAGCAGGAAGAUAUUCACCGUAUUGUGCUCUACCAGUCUGACAGCACCCUUACUCCUUGGACACAGCGCUGUAUCCGACAGGCGGACUGCAUCUUAAUAGUAGGGUUGGGAGAACAGGAGCCCACUGUUGGAGAGCUAGAAAGGAUGCUGGAGAACACAGCAGUCCGAGCCCAGAAGCAGCUGAUCCUGCUCCAUAAAGAGGAUGGGCCUCUCCCUUGCCGAACUGUGGAGUGGCUCAACAUGAGGAGCUGGUGCUCAGCUCAUCUUCACCUCCGCUGUCCCCGUCGAGUCUUCUCCCGGAGGAGCCUGCCCAAGCUGAUAGAAAUGUAUGAACGAGUAUUUCAGAAACCACCAGACCGUCACUCUGACUUCUCUCGACUAGCCCGUGUUUUGACUGGAAAUGCUGUGGCCCUAGUGCUCGGAGGUGGUGGAGCCAGGGGGUGCUCCCAGGUGGGAAUUAUCAGGGCACUGAUCGAAGCAGGCAUUCCAGUUGAUAUGAUUGGAGGAACUUCCAUUGGCUCAUUCAUGAGUGCACUGUAUGCUGAAGAGCGUAGCUAUAAUCAAAUGAGGAUCAAAGCCAGGCAAUGGGCAAUGGAUAUGAAUUCAGUGUUUAAGACUGUGCUAGACUUGACAUAUCCAAUAACCUCCAUGUUCUCUGGAGCCUCAUUUAACAGUGGCAUCAGCAACAUCUUCAAAGACAAACAGAUUGAGGAUCUGUGGAUUCCUUAUUUCACUAUCACGACUGACAUUACUGCGUCAGCCAUGAGGGUCCACACAGAUGGUUCCCUUUGGAGGUAUGUCCGUGCCAGCAUGUCACUGUCUGGGUACAUGCCCCCUCUCUGUGAUCCAAAGGAUGGACAUCUCUUGAUGGAUGGAGGUUAUAUCAACAAUCUUCCAGCGGAUGUUGCAAGGUCCAUGGGGGCAAAAGUGGUGAUAGCAAUUGAUGUGGGCAGCCGGGAUGAGACGGACCUCACCAACUACGGCGACGCUCUGUCUGGCUGGUGGUUGCUGUGGAAGAGAUGGAAUCCCCUCGUUGAAAAAGUGAAGGUGCUGAACAUGGCAGAGAUCCAGACCCGGCUUGCGUAUGUGUGCUGCGUGCGGCAGCUGGAGAUGGUCAAGAACAGUGAAUAUUGUGAAUACAUUCGGCCGCCCAUCGACAGAUAUGGCACCCUGGACUUUGGGAAGUUUGAUGAAAUCUGUGAAGUGGGAUAUCAGCAUGGGAAGACAGUAUUUAAUGUCUGGGGCAGGAGUGGAGUCCUUGACAAGAUGUUAAAAGACAGGCAGGAGAUCUGCAAAUCCAAAACAUCUGGUAUUGUGACCUGUCCUAGUACCUCCUUCACUGACUUGGCAGAAAUCGUGUCCAGAAUUGAGCCAGUCAAAGCAGCUCUGGUAGAUGAUGAAUCUGACUAUCAGACUGAGUAUGAAGAAGAAAUUCUAGACAAUCAGAAGGACGAUUAUGCUAAUUUCCUAAGCAGCCAGGUGGAAGAGGAUUCUGACUCCGAUGAAGAUGUACAGAUAAGAAAACGCAUCACCAUCCCCAAACAGGAGAGCCGAUCCAGCAGCACAGGGGAGCCCAGCUAA